CAUUAUAAAGUGUUUCCCAGUUGUAGUAGCUCCUGUAUCUCUGUAAAUAAAAUGAGCAUUGAACCUUGGAGCUAUUGGGAGGUUGCAGGUUUACAGCCAGAUCUCCACAUUGAUUGCACAAAUCAUUUUCCUUACGGUUAACCUUUUUUUUUGAAGCAACGCUGAGUCUUCUCCGGCUGGCAUGUGUUAGUGUUUAACCAGGACUGCAUGCAGGUGCCAAAGUGUAACAUCAGCCCAGCCUGCAGCCAGUCGGCACAGAGUCUACCGUCAACAUGAAGACCAGGAGCUCCAUCACCAACAGGAUCCACAGGGCGAUCUCCAUACGCAACCAGUGGGUGCGAGAAGCCAUGGCGGAACUGCUCUCCACCUUUGUGAUGAUGACGUUUGGCUUGGGCGCCGUGGCGCAGGUGGUUCUGGGUAAGAAUGCAUUUGGACAAUACCUGAGUAUAAACUUGUCCUUUGGAAUCGGUGUGACAAUGGGGAUCCACGUGGCUGGAGGAGUGACUGGUGCCCACAUGAAUUGCGCUGUGUCGCUAACAAACUGCAUCUUGGGAAAGCUUCCGUGGAGAAAACUUCCUGUUUACAUGUUGUCCCAAAUCGUCGGCGCCUUUCUGGCAGCGAUGGUGGUCUACUUUCUAUACUACGAGGCGCUAUACAAAUACUGCGGAGGAAACCUUGUAGUGACCGGUCCUAAUGAGACAGCCAGUAUAUUUGCCACGUACCCCCAGCCGUACCUGUCCAUCGGGGGUGGAUUUCUGGACCAGGUGAUUGGUACAGCCGCCCUGUUAUUAUGUAUCCUGGCUAUCAAUGAUAGGAGGAAUAACGCAGCCUUGGAUGGGACACAAGCCGUUGUGGUUGGGCUCCUUGUGACGGUCAUUGGAAUGUCAAUGGGAAUGAAUUCUGGAUACGCCAUCAACCCAGCCCGUGACCUGGGGCCGCGGCUCUUCACAGCGGCUGCUGGAUGGGGCGUGGAGGUCUUUAGGGCUGGGAAUUACUGGUGUUGGGUGCCGAUUGUGGCCCCCAUGGUGGGCAGUGUGACCGGCGCCUUCCUGUACCAGCUGCUAGUGGGACUACACCAUCAGCCCACGGAGGAGAAGAUGCUAGAUGAGAUGGAGAAAGGGAACCCAGACAUGGAAACAAAUAUGUGAAUACAUGUGAUAGCUGGGGACGGCACAGCCCUGCAGCCAGGGACUAUGAAACGCAGAGAGACGUGUAACAAUGUACAAUGCUCACAUACUGGGCUGCUCACCAGAGACAUAUAACUACAUUGAUAUGUACAAACGUCUGGGAGAAAAUGACGGCCAUUGUCUGGACAUUACUUUUAUUAUUUGUUUACCUGUCAUUAAUUUAUCAUUUCUCUCUGUAUACUGUCAGUCAUCUCCUCUCCCGUGAGAACAGCACAGAAUGUAAACGCCAGCGCCCCUAGUGGUGCAGAACAGGUAGUGCUGCGCUGUGCAUGGCGUACUGCAUAGGUUCUCAAGCUCGGUCCUCAGGACCCCACACAGUGCAUGUUUUGCAGGUAACCCAGCAGGUGCACAGGUGAAUUAAUUACUCACUGACACAUUUUUAAAGGCCCACAGGUGGAACUAAUUAUUUCACUUGUAAUUCUGUGAGGAGACCUACAAAACAUGCACCGUGUGGGGUCCUGAGGACCGAGUUUGAGAACCUUUGGCGUACUGGAUUCUGGAAAGUCUGUGCGUUACUGUAUUUAUAAUGGAGUGUGCUUUUAUUGUAUUUAAAAAUUAAUGUCAUUUGCUUUCAGUUUAUUUUAAUAUGUUUGCACAAUACAUUACACAAAGUAUUCAAUCCUAUAAACCGAAAAGCACAAUCUGCAUCGCAUAAGGACUCAGCAGGAAUGAGGUCACGUGCGAUGUGAGCUGUAAUAUACUGUAAUUGCCUCUUAUCAUUUUUACUUUUUUCAUUAUGAUGUCAUUAUUUUACUUCCAGCCAAUCAGGCUGCAGCCAGUAUGUGAGCGAAACCAAUAUUCAGAGAAUGGAAAGCACAGGUACCAAAUGGAUUUAUCCCUUGUAGAUUUGCAAAACACACACUGGGCCCUGAGUCAGAGAUUUACGCACAUCCGAUAUUUCUGUAAAUCUUCAACGUUCAAUGGCGCUCAUUCCGAGUUGUUCGCUCGUUGCCGAUUUUCGCUAUGUUGUGAUUAGUUACUAAAUGCGCAUGCGCAUGGUACGCAGAGCGCAUGCGCUUAGUUAUUUUACUAAAAACUUAGCAGUUUUGCUGUUGUUCGUGUGGCGCUUUUCAGUCGCACUGGUGUUCGGUAAAUGAAUGACAGGAAGUGGGUGUUUCUGGGUGGCAACUCAGCGUUUUCCCGGCGUUUGCUAAAAAACGCAGGCGUGUCAGGGAAAAACGUGGGAGUGGCUGGAGAAACGGGGGAGUGGCUGGGCGAACGCAGGGCGUGUUUGUGACGUCAAACCAGGAACUAAACGGACUGAGGUGAUCGCAGUCUAGGAGUAGGUCCGGAGCUACUCAGAAACUGCAGGGAAUUAUUUAGUAGCAGUUCUGCUAAUCUUUCUUUCGCUAUUCUGCUAAGCUAAGAUACACUCGCAGAGGGCGGCGGCCUAGCGUGUGCGAUGCUGCUAAAAGCGGCCAGCGAGCGAACAACUCGGAAUGAGGGCCAAUGAUCACUGAGAUCUGGUCUUGCGACGUUGCUUGCAGGGCCCCAAAAGUAGCAGCAUCAUCCACACGCUGCUGGUAGCGACGGGGAGAGUUUCUCUAAGCGCGCCAAAACCAAUGGCUGCAUCCUCGUAUGCAGCUUCGCUGGUCUCGGCGGCGUAACUUUGCAGAUGGCCGAUGUUCACGAAAUUGAUCCAAUGCUGCCUCUUCGUACGCAGCAGUGGAUCGGAAAGGCCGGCGUUGGGUGUCUCUUUAGUUAAGACAGUUUCUGCGGCUUCUGCAGAAUUUUGCUGUGUCAUGGCUGCGCCAUCACGCUUUAAAUCAGGAGCACAAUAUGCAUACUACUCAGCUGGGCACAAGAUCAAGGCAGACGAGACAGAACAAGUAGUCCUUGUAUACUGUCAAAUUCAAUGGUUUUAUAGUGGUCGGGUACAGGAUCUGACAGGAUGCCAGCGGAAUCACAACACAUGUAGGUAAGUGGGCAAAACCUCACCCUUACCCUCCUUACCCGCAGCCUAACCCUAACCCUAGUGCCUAAUCCUAACCUUCCCCUCCGCAGCCUAACCCUCACUGGCAUACUUAAUUCUGACUGUUGGGAUUCUGCGCGGUGUUGAGGUUCCAGCACCAGUCUUCUGACCGCCGACAUCUCAAGAGUCGGGAUGCCAACUACAUCCCUAUUAUAGUUAUUUUCUUUUUAAUAGUGAUAUGUUUAUGGAGAGCACAUAUUAACAUCUUCCUUGUUCCUUGUGUCUGGGGCACUUAAAGGGGCUCAUUUAUAAGAAAAAUAUUUACAGCUAGAGCCCCGAAAACACCAGUUUUUGGGAUAUAGCCGCAAAUAUUACGUAUCCCCUGAAUGCAUGCAGGAGGGGCUGCAGCAGGUAUCGGAGAUCCAUCCAUUCCCACCCGCAGCAGCACCCCCCAUAGGUUUCUAUGGGGAUCCAGUCUGAAGAUCGACACUGUCUAGGUCGACAAUGUUUAGGUCGACCACUAUAGGUCGACAGUCACUAGGUCGACAGGGUUUCUAGGUCGACAUGUGCUAGGUUGACAGGUCAAAAGGUCGACAUGAGGUGUUUUAUUUGAACUUUUUCAUACUUUACCGUUCCAAUCGUAGUCCACGUGGAUCGUUAAGUAUGAAAAAGUGAAGAAACCCCCCCAAAAAACGAAUGUCGACCUUUUGACCUGUCGACCUAGCACGUCAACCUAGAAACCCUGUCGAUCUAUAGCGGUCGACCUAGACACUGUCGAUCUAAUGAUCCACACCCGUUUCUAUGGCGGAUGCUGCCCGACUUAUCAAUAUCCGGAACGCGAAGCAUUCCCAAAAUUGGCCCCUGUAGCUAACACCAUCUUCAGAUGGCGAUAGCCGGUUGUAGCCCAUGGGGUACGUUUCCCAGAAGUAUUUCAGGAAGGUUCCCCUGGGACCCUCUGCUGAAAGUGGCGCUGUACAUGGCAGUCGGCCUGGCCACGCAUGCGCAGCACUUGGAGCACGUGGCAGGGACAGGCUUCCCCUGCGGGAGCUCCAUCCCGCAUCCUGGCGAUGUAACACAUUUUGCAAUGCAAUGUUGGGCGUUAAUAUGGCCCCCAGAUCGCACCGUAAAUGUGAUUAAUUAUAAAUGGACCCCAUAAUCAUUGUUUAGGAAUUAGUUACGGCAGCCUAUUACCAUAUUACCAUCUACCUGGGGCAUUUACAGGUUGACUAUUAGAGAAACAAGCAUAGGUGGUCAUUCCGAGUUGAUCGCAGCCAGUAACUUUUUGCUGCUGGUGCGAUCAACUAAUCCCGGCCUAUGGGGGAGUGUAUUUUAGCAUAGCAGGGCUGCGAUCACUUGUGCAGCUCUGCUAAGCUAAAAAAGUUUUGUGCUGUGGAAGAGUAAGGCUGGAUCUACUUACCCUGUGCGAUGGAUCCAGCGACGUUCCUCCCGGCUUUGACAUCAGACAUCCGCCUGUGUUCGGACGACCACUCCUCGAAAACGGCAUUCAACGAUGAGUAUCCGCCCCGGAACGCCUCUCCGCUGUCAAUCUUCUUGCGGUCGGCGAUGCGUCUUCUUUUUUUCGCUGUGCGCGCCGUUGCCCAGCGACGGCAACAGCGCGCACGCCGUGCAUGCACAGUUCCGACCCGUUCACACCGCAGCGAAGAACCACUGUGUGCGAACAGGAUGGGAUGACCCCCAUUGUGAGUAACUUUGCCCUUUCCUAGGAAAACUGGGACACGUGACCUUUACUUUUUGCCUCCCUGUUGUCUGUAGUUCCUGAAUAUUGGUGCAGUCUAUAAAAUAGCUGAUAGAACAAGGCUAGGCAACAUGCGUACUCCAGCUGCUGAGGGAAUACACAUCCCAGCAUGCCCUCCCACAGUUAUAGCACAGCCUAACAGCAGACCUGUCUCAGUGCAUGCUGGGCUGUGUAGUUCCACAGCAGCUGCAGUGCCGUUGUAAUAGAAGGCCUCUAAGAUCUCUGUUUGAGUCUUUUACUCUUUGCGGCAAAGAAAAUACAUUCUGUAGGUGUCAUUUUCCUUUAUGUGUUUGUUCAUGCAUUUUAUAAAAUAAAACAGAAUAUUACACACUA